UGAGGGGAGCCUUUCUUUAAUCGGUCGCGUAUGCCUGGGCACGCACACUCUUGCUUAUAACCCCCAACUGCAAUUCAUGUUCCAAAGCUCAAAGAAAGAUAACAAACCACUGAGUGCCAUCUCCCUUUGUUCCCUUCUGGCUGAGAUUUGGAGAAAUUCCAGAUCUACCUGGAUCUCUGGCUCAUGAUUAACUUGAGAUUAAUUUUGCUGGACACCCCGCAAUGGUGGGUCACUUAAACUUGCAAGACAUGAAUGAGAACUUUGAGAUGAAAUGUAAGAACCAGGAACGUUUUCUGGACAGUCCUGACUCUGGGCUCCCUCUCAGCCCCAGCCCACCUUUCUUUGCACUUUCUCCACGGAUUCCUGAGGACAAAGGAAACCCAAUAUCCUUGAGAAACAGCCCAGCACCAGCCACAAGGAGCCAAGAGGGAAAACUGAUUCCGUACAUCUCCCUGAACUCACUCCCAUUGGAUCCAAGGCACAGAAUGCAGCCUGUGUGCUUUGGUGAGAGAAUUGAGCUGAAUUGUGAAUCAGCACAGGAAAUCCGCUGUCACUCUCUUGUGAGGUAUGACUCCGAGAAGCACUACCGGGACUGUAUCUAUUACGAAACAGUUCCAACCAUCACUUUCUACACUGAGACCAUCAUCACCACUCCCAACUGCACUUGGAGGAAUUAUAAAUCACAACUCCGAUUCGAGCCUCGUCAGAAACCUCUGCGGUUUGAGAGCACCACCAUCAUUUUCCCAAAACGUACAAAAAACAUUUUCAGGACCACACUGAACUACAAUCCCAGGGGCAGCAGCAGGCGCUUCAUGUCCAGUGUUCGGCUACAAACCAUUGAGAUGGUCAAACCCUGUUUCAUUUACAUGGAGAACCUGUGACGCACUGGGUCCUGGCACAUUCUACCUGAUGGAGCAGGGCAUCAUGAUCCCUCUCUCAGGCUCUUAUUAAUCUGCAUACCUUGUAUAAUUGUUACUGAAUUUCUAAAUUCUGCCUACUCCAAGGAUCUUGUUACAAUUUAAUAAAACAAUUCAAAGUUCAGAAAUACCA